AUAUCUCAUAAGUUUCUUACCUCUCCCUAUAAAUCUAAUUUAAGAAAAACUAUAAUUGUAUUAAGUUAAUAUAUAUAUUGGCCAUGAAGAAUCUCUCAUUUCUUGCAGUUCUAUCUCUCUUAGCUUUAACGCUUCCAUUCGCCAUUGCUUCUGACCCAAGCCCCCUUCAAGACUUCUGCGUCGCCGUCAACACCCCAGCAAAUGGUGUGUUUGUGAAUGGAAAGUUCUGCAAAGACCCAAAGCUUGUCACCGUGGAUGACUUCUUUACGUCAGGCCUUCAAAACGCAAGACCCAUAGCUAAUGUAGUCGGAUCGACUGUCACUCCCGUUAACGUCACCAACAUUCCAGGGUUAAACACCCUUGGCAUCUCACUUGUCCGUAUAGAUUAUGGAGUAAAUGGACAAAACCCACCUCACACCCACCCACGUGCUACCGAGAUCCUGUAUGUUGGACAUGGAACACUUCUUGUAGGAUUUGUCACAUCGAACGGAGAUGGGAACCGUCUGUUCAAAAAGACACUCAACGAGGGUGAUGUAUUUGUGUUUCCAGAAGGACUAAUUCAUUUCCAAUUCAAUGUGGGACGUUUUCCUGCGGUUGCAUUCGCUGCUCUGAGCAGCCAAAACCCAGGUGUUGUCACUAUUGCCAACUCUGUGUUCGGGUCUAACCCCGCGAUUGACCCGAAUGUUCUUGCAAGAGCAUUUCAGUUGGAUCCAAGGGUGAUCAUGGAUCUACAGGCCAAGUUCUGAUCAUGAAAUGAAAAAUAUUGUGGGAGUAAACACUUUUAUUUUCUUCUAUCCUAUGUUUGAAUAAGGAUCAUGUAUUAUCCGUUUAUGGAUGACAAAAAAAAAAAGUAUUAUCCGUUCAUCAAUAACGUGACAUGAUGUUAAAUUGUGUACUUCCCUUUUAAACUUUUGCAAUGAAUUAAGUAUUUUCCCU